AUGAAACUCGGGAACCGUCUGGGACCCUCCUGGGGCCCCUCAGAACGUUUUUGGACCUUCUCCCGACGAUGCGAGCUCCUCUAUCUUCUCUCUCGCCUGGUGAAGAAUCGUCGGGACACCUUACCGAGGAAGCGAUUCAGGAGUACAUAUGCGGGUAUCUGGGCGGUGCUUUGUCAGGUUGUGGAAUCUCGGCCAGGCGGGGUUGAGGUGGUGUGGAUCAAAGGUCACAGCAACAUCCACGGAAACGAACUUGCGGAUCAGGCGGCGAAGGUGGCAGCACAGAGUGGUUCAGUGCCCUGGAUGGUGGAUCUCACUCAACAGACGGAUAUCACGACCUUUGCACAUUGUUACGGCGGGAUUGUUGAAAUCGAUCUACGUCAGCUCCUCAAACAACAAUCGACAAUCCGUCACCAUCAGGCCUGGACGUCACAGAGGCGGGUCAAGAGGGCGAUCCCUGACAUCGAGGACGUGGAAUGGAACUCGACCUUGGCUUAUGUCCACGACAGGCACGCAGUCUUCACCUUUUACAGCAACAGCAAGGACUCCCAUCAAAGAACACAUCACAUCAAAAAGCUGCAUGGAAUGCUGCCCACUCUGAACUCCAUGCAGGCUCGCAAGCCCAACCUGUACCCAACAUGCGUGUGCCGACGAUGCGAGCUCGAGAAGGAGGAUAACGAUCACGUCUGGAAAUGCCCUUCGGCAGCUGAGACCACCACUGAGAUCUGGAAGGAGGCCAUGGGCAAGAUUAAUGAGUGGGGUGUGCAGGCGACAAACAGCUACAACGCAGCCAGGAAGCGGGAAUACAAACGCGCGGUGGACAGAGGUCGUCAGGUACCGAGGCCAGUACCCAUACACUGGUGGCCCCCUUCGGAUGCAGAUCAUGUACGAGGAUUUUCCUCCAUCGGUGGAGCUCGAGCCGUGCACAGCGGUAGUCCAGCUCUCGAUCGAGACGAGAAACCGAUGUGGAAUGUGUCGGAUCUCCUCCGCGGCAUCACCCCCUUGAGCAUGUUGACUGAAUGGUCCGCGGUCUUCCGGACCCCAAUGUCCAUCGCCAAGACAGUCCUUCACAAGUUUGUUGGCUACCUGGAGGCGCAGGCCUCGGAGCUGAUCUGGAAACCUCGGUGCUCCGCGACGAUCGCGUGGGAGCAGACCCAGGGCAUCUCUGCCAAGGACAAGACAUCCAAGUACACAGGCCCCCGAGCAGCGACAAUUGUUGCGCAGAGCCAGGUUCUGGACCGGACUGCGACUGGUGGAUGGUGCACUGAAGAGUUUGUCCUUUCGCAGGUCGUCGUUCCUGCUCCAGUCUCGAGUCCCGUCUCAUCGCCGGCUCUUUCGCCUGUCACUGUUCCAACUCCAGUUUUGAGUCCCGGCCCUUCUCUGACAGGUACUCCACCACCCAACACUCCUAACACUCCAACAUGUCCCCCUACUCCAACAUUCUCCCCCACUCCAGCAACUCUCACCACCCCCACUCCAGCAACUCUCGCCAUCCCCUCACCUCUCCCGCCUGAUACAACCGAUCUUGUCUUUGAGCGAGCAGUCAACACACUGGACGACGCUUGCAGAGAGCGUCUCCUCCGUCCCGCGGCCGAAUACGAUGCCGAGAUCCUUCGCAUCAACAGCGACACCAGGAAAAAACAGUCGGCAGACAACACAAAGUAUGAUGGACUCAGAAGCCGAUACCGGAGUCAACUUGCCAGGAAACCACAAGAACUGGCUGCCAUUCUUUUGAUGACCAAUACUCAGGCCGACAACGCAGCCGCCCGCAUCAAGUCCAUUUCUAGUCGUCGCAAGACCGUCGCCCUUGGGAUACGUCGCCGGGCCACCGAGGCCGUCAACGAAUACCGUGCUCAUCGCCUUGUCUCUCUUCGCUCGGAUUUGGAGAUCAGGCUGAUCAGGAAAGCAGAGGACUAUCGACUGAGGGUGCAACAGCUGGAAUCCUCCCAAGCCAGGAGACUGCAGCAAAAAAAGGAAAAGGAAGCACUCCGUCAACAACACCGCUUGGUCGUCGCCCGCCUAAAAGAGAUCCUAUCCAGCCUCAAGGAAACGAAACCACGAUACAAGCCAGCCUUUGACACAGAUGCUAGCUUUCCUUUGCAAGAACGCCAUCAAGUCCAACCACCGCCAGUACCAGGACCCCCGACCACACAGAUCGGCCCCCUUUGCCUGUCUCCAGUAGAGGCGGCGUCCAUGCGCGUAGUUCAGGACACACACGUCGACAACUCCACCCCUCGCGCCCUGUACUCUGACGGAUCUCUUCUGAACUCGGGAACGCUAGAAGUAUCCCAGGCCUUUGGAGUGGUGGAUCUCACUCAGGACAACCCUCUGACAGUACAAGGACGAACGGACGGUCACGCAUCCUCGGCUAAGGCCGAGCUCAUGGGCUUAGCGGCCCCUUCAUCCGCAGUCUUGUCAGCACCACCGGAACAGGACAUUGUGGUCAAGCUGGACAAUCAGUCAGUGGUGGAACAGUAUAGUCGCCUGGUGAAGAAUCGUCGGGACACCUUACCGAGGAAGCGAUUCAGGAGUACAUAUGCGGGUAUCUGGGCGGUGCUUUGGCAGGUUGUGGAAUCUCGGCCAGGCGGGGUUGAGGUGGUGUGGAUCAAAGGUCACAGCAACAUCCACGGAAACGAACUUGCGGAUCAGGCGGCGAAGGUGGCAGCACAGAGUGGUUCAGUGCCCUGGAUGGUGGAUCUCACUCAACAGACGGAUAUCACGACCUUUGCACAUUGUUACGGCGGGAUUGUUGAAAUCGAUCUACGUCAGCUCCUCAAACAACAAUCGACAAUCCGUCACCAUCAGGCCUGGACGUCACAGAGGCGGGUCAAGAGGGCGAUCCCUGACAUCGAGGACGUGGAAUGGAACUCGACCUUGGCUUAUGUCCACGACAGGCACGCAGUCUUCACCUUUUACAGCAACAGCAAGGACUCCCAUCAAAGAACACAUCACAUCAAAAAGCUGCAUGGAAUGCUGCCCACUCUGAACUCCAUGCAGGCUCGCAAGCCCAACCUGUACCCAACAUGCGUGUGCCGACGAUGCGAGCUCGAGAAGGAGGAUAACGAUCACGUCUGGAAAUGCCCUUCGGCAGCUGAGACCACCACUGAGAUCUGGAAGGAGGCCAUGGGCAAGAUUAAUGAGUGGGGUGUGCAGGCGACAAACAGCUACAACGCAGCCAGGAAGCGGGAAUACAAACGCGCGGUGGACAGAGGUCGUCAGGUACCGAGGCCAGUACCCAUACACUGGUGGCCCCCUUCGGAUGCAGAUCAUGUACGAGGAUUUUCCUCCAUCGGUGGAGCUCGAGCCGUGCACAGCGGUAGUCCAGCUCCCGAUCGAGACGAGAAACCGAUGUGGAAUGUGUCGGAUCUCCUCCGCGGCAUCACCCCCUUGAGCAUGUUGACUGAAUGGUCCGCGGUCUUCCGGACCCCAAUGUCCAUCGCCAAGACAGUCCUUCACAAGUUUGUUGGCUACCUGGAGGCGCAGGCCUCGGAGCUGAUCUGGAAACCUCGGUGCUCCGCGACGAUCGCGUGGGAACAAAGCCAGGGCAUCUCUGCCAAGGACAAGACAUCCAAGUACACAGGCCCCCGAGACGAUGCGAGCUCAAGACACAACGCGGCCGCGACGAUCGCGUGGGAACAAAGCCAGGACAUCUCUGCCAAGGACAAGACAUCCAAAUACACAGGCCCCCGAGGUGACUGGAGUCAAGGAUACGGUUACAUCACGCACGAUGGUUUCUAUCAUGUACGAGGAUUUUCCUCCAUCGGUGGAGCUCGAGCCGUGCACAGCGGUAGUCCAGCUCUCGAUCGAGACGAGAAACCGAUGUGGAAUGUGUCGGAUCUCCUCCGCGGCAUCACCCCCUUGAGCAUGUUGACUGAAUGGUCCGCGGUCUUCCGAACCCCAAUGUCCAUCGCCAAGACAGUCCUUCACAAAUUUGUUGGCUACCUGGAGGCGCAGGCCUCGGAGCUGAUCUGGAAACCUCGGUGCUCCGCGACGAUCGCGUGGGAACAAAGCCAGGGCAUCUCUGCCAAGGACAAGACAUCCAAGUACACAGGCCCCCGAGGUGACUGGAGUCAAGGAUACGGUUACAUCACGCACGAUGGUUUCUUUCGGAUGAUGAUGUCGUCGAUAGACUGA